UUCGGACAUAGAAUGCAUUGACAUAUUAUCAUGUCAAAUUCUACUUUCAAAUCACGAAAAUAUUAGAGAUGAACGGGAAGUAAUCAAAAUCUUGCAACAAAAUUAAAUUUCAUUGAAAUUUUAUUUUUCAAAUAUUUGAAAUAAAUCAAAAUGCCCGCCCCGGUACUUCAGGAAAACGUGUACGGUGCUGAGACAUGGUACCGAGAGCUUGGCUACUACAUUACCAGCAGAAAAGAACAAUAUGAAAGAGCGUGUAAAUUUUUUGAUACCGCCGUGGAAAAAGCCCCGAAAGACAAACGCGCUCUCCUAGGCAGAUCAAUUGCACGCGCUAAAGCAGUGCAAUAUGAGGGUGCUCUUGCCGACAUCAACAGAGCAUUGGAGAUAAGUGAAGAAUGUUUGGUAUCUCAAGCUCAGAAAAGCUUAUAUACAUAUCUAAAUUGCAACUUCGAAGAUGCUCUGGUUGCUAAUCUCACAUGUCUCCCAAAGAGAAAGAAGCCAGAUAACUUUUCCAUGGGUGUUAUGCAUUGCCAUGAAGCAAUCGAAAAUUGUAUUGGUGCAAGAGCAGGACGUCCACUUCGCGAUCACUUCAAAAUCAUUCGGAAAUUAGCUUGGAAGAAAGCCAAGGAAGUGAAUCAACCUUACGUGUACAAACCGCGCCGAAAGAAGAAGCGUAAGAAGAAGAUAACUGAAGAUGGCAAACACGACGCACUUGUUCCACUACACAAACGCAAACGACCCGGUGCGGUUCUAUCCGAUCCAAAUUUGAAAAUCUACGACUCUCUGUUCAGUCACCAGGAAGCCGCAGACGAUAUUCCACCGGGUCCACCUUUCCCAUAUCGUCCAUUACAAGAAUACACAUCCAAUAUUGAAAAUUAUAUGGCUGCUAAGUACCUGGAAUCAAUGUACCUAGAUAAAAUUUUCCUCAAAGACCUUAAAGAUAACAGCGCAGUAGGAAAUCCAAACGAAAGUAGCAGUAAGAAGAUUUUACAGAUUCUGAAACAUGGAUAUAAAGCUUUAUCGUACAAACAAGAACUGCUACGUGUGAGAAGACCUUUCUAUUUUAUCAAAUUCCAAGAGAUGACUUUAUUGUCUCCAACUCUUCUUGCUAGACAAAUGAAAGAAGACGCUAAAGUGCGCCUUAGAGUACAAGCGGAUGCCAAAGCUUUACUUGCAAAGAUAGAGUUGUACAUAGAAAGAAAACAAACCAGAGUUGCCUUAGAAGCUGCAGAAAAAUUAAAGGUGAUGUGCGAAGUAAAGCACAAGAAAUUCUUUCCAGAUCGUGCGGAGUAUCUUAAAAAGAUUUACAAAUUACUUGCAAGGGCGCAUUUAGACUUAAAAAGACUAAAUCCAAAUGGUCUUGCAAUUAAUCAAGACAGAAGAAUUUAUAACAUGCUAGGAUAUCCCAUCGCGGCACAAGUAUCCAAAGAUUCUGUUUUGAAAGAAUUCAAAGACGUAUUUAUUGACUGGAGAAAACAAAUUGCUAUUGCUGAAAAACGACUCCUCAAAGCAAGAGACGCUGAAGAACUGGCUUGGUUAUACCAUGAUUUAUCUAGAUACCACGCAGAGAUCAAACAAUAUGAAUUAGGAAGAGUUUAUGCACGAAAGUGUAUUGCUGAAGCAAAAGAAUGCGAUGAAGUUAAUUGGGUCAUCAAUGCAACUCUACUCAUUGUGCGUAUUAACAUGCAACAGAGAAAUAAAACUGAUGCAAAGCAGGAGUUACAAGGAGCCAUUCAAAUUGCGUCAACUAUGAAUAAUCCGACUUUAUCUGAAUAUCUCAACCGGACGAUGGAAAUAGUUGAAGACUUCCACUUUGAAGAUGCCAGCUCAAAGAUACACGAGAAGCGCGAGAAACAAAUCAUCAGCGUGAUGAUGACCGCGGAACUAAAAUCAGAGAUCGGUCACAUUUUCAGACUGAUGUCGGUUAUGCCAAGCUCACGACGCAUGUCUGUUAUGCCAGGUGUGCCAUUCGCUAAAUCAAAGAAAUCGUCCAAAGGCAAAUCAUCUAUCAUGCCCGCCAGAUCAAGAGAUGAGGUCGGGACAGCUAAAUCAAUGAUGACAGCGACUUCAACCAAACCGGCCGAACCCAACGGCGCCAUGUUUCUGCAAUUGAUGCAAUUCCAUUUGGACUAAUUUUUUAAAAUAAAUUGUGUUGUCUACUAAA